GAACGUCUGUGUGCUGGUCGGGAUACUCACGUGCAGUUGGGCGGACCAUGAAGAGUACCUGGGGCGAUUUGGAAUGACCCUGGGCAGCCAAAUCCUCCUGGGAGUCGUGUUUCCCUCCGACUGGUCCGUGCGGAUGUCGCUGUGUUAUGCAGCGGCUUUCAUCUUCAGCUUCACGCAGGU